AUUGGAAACCAAUCUAAACCCUGUUCUUCCCUUGGGCUUGUAAACACACAAGGAGCGAGUCCGCACGCUUUUCCCGUACGGAAGCAAUGAUCGUCUGGCAAUAACUCCACGCUCUUCAAGUGCGCGUGUCAAACUAUCAACCCACUUUCCCACCCCAUCUUUAAUAUCAACCUUUUUCCAUCAUCAAUUCUCCGAUCGACUUCAGACACAGACAGAUUGUACAACAAAAUCCCCAAAACCAACCCACCCCAAAGCUCAGGUUGGAUUUCGGAAUAAUCCCCAGAGUUCCUUUUCAAAAAAUCCAAAAAUCCCAGCUGUUUCAAUGGCGGACACCACCGCAGCAGAAGAAGAGCAAGAAGCACCGCCGCCGCAGCCGCAGCCGCAGCCGCAGCCAUCGUACUACACGGUGUUUCUGAGUAUUAUGAGCAAAAGGAGAACAUGGGUAUGUGUAUUCGUGCUAGUAUACGCCAUCCUCCUAACUUCUUCAUGGAAUUUCCUCAAAUCCUUGCUCUCCUGGCACAAAUUGCAAGCCCAAGCGUCUUCGCCGUCGUACGGAUGGCCUGCCCUUUACGCCUCGGUGCUUCUGGGGGUGGUUUUCGGGCUGCUUUCGAUGUUCGCGGCGCUUGCAGUGAUGGUUCCGGCGACUCUGGUGACGUGGAUCGCCAUCGUGGUUCUGCUGGCCUUCUUCGGGAAGCCGAGGAGGGCGUUGGUGGUUGACGGGAGGAAGAUUACGAGAGAGAUUGUUGGGAUUGUGAUGAGGAUUUUGUUGAAGGAAGGGAAUUUGGUGGCUGCUGGUUGUGCUGUUUUGGGGUAUUUUGCACUUUUUAGGAGGAAUGGGGAGUGAAGUGAUUGACUGAUUUGGUUGUUGGGGGUCUUUUUCUAAUUUGUGAAGAUUUCAGGGAUCUGGGGUUUUGGAUUUUGUAACAUAACAUUUACUUGUUUUGAUUUUACUGUGGCAUCUGACUGUUAAUUACUUCUUGUGUUUAUACAUAUCCUUCCUAAAUUUAGCAAUUUUAUGGCCAAUUUAU